AUGUCCGACGUCGAAGAAAACGACUACGCUCGGGACUCUCCCGCCAGCGACGAUGACGGCGGCCACGCCUCCGACAAGGACUCUGACGUCCUGUCCGAAGUCGACGAGGAUCAGUUUGAGGACUACGAUCCGACCACGGCUCCGAUCGAGGAGCGCCCCGUAGAGAUCGACGAGGACAUCGCAAAGACCCUCAAGGCAUCCAAGCGAAAGCGACCGGAUGGCGAGACGGCCAAGAAGCCGAAAGAGGGCCGGCGAGAGAAGAAGCGCCGCACCGACGAUGACGUGUCUGCAGACGGCGAGAUGUUGGAGGGCAAGCGCACGCGAAAAUCCCGUGGUGACGGCGCACGGGCGGCCAGAGACGAUGAUGCUGCUGAGCCUCCUGAGAACGAAGAGAACCUGACGCCUGAGGAGCGUCGGGCCAGAGCACUCGAGAGAGCCAUGGAUGCGGCGAUCAAGGGUCCCACCAAGAGAAGGAGAAAGAAGGACGAAGUCGACCUGGAGGACGAGGCAGACGAGCAGAUCGCGGAGCUAAAGAUCCAAAUGGAGAACGCCUGCGUAGCAGACAACGACGCCCGCGAGAAGGGCCAGCCAGCCAUCCAUAAGCUCAAGCUACUCCCACGAGUAAUUGCCUUCCUCAACCGCAACAACAUCCAGCACGCAGUCCUCGAUCCCGAGACCAACUUCCUUCAGUCUGUCAAGUAUUUCCUGGAGCCCCUUAACGAUGGUAGCUUGCCAGCGUACAAUAUCCAGCGCGAGAUCUUCACCGCCCUGACCCGGCUGAACAUUGAGAAGGAAACAUUGCUCAGCAGUGGGAUCGGAAAGGUGGUGCUGUUCUACACCCGCAGCAAGCGGCCACAGGCAGAGAUCAAGCGCAUGGCGGAGCGACUACUGGGUGAAUGGAGCCGACCGAUCCUGAAGCGGACGGACGACUUCAAGAAGAGACAUAUUGAGACGCGCGACUUCGACUACGACGCCGCCAAGAUGGCUCAGCGAAGACAAGUCCUGAAUGCUAACGGCUCCAUGACCAUGGUGUCGCGAUCCAAGGCCGAUGUCGAGCGCGAGCGCCUGCUUGCGCCAGUCGUGAACCCCAACCGCGCUCGGCCCGUCGGACUGCCGACAGCAUACACGGUGGCGCCGCGCAGCACCUUUGAUCCGCAACAACGCGCUACCGAUUUCCGUCCUAUCGGUUCGGGUGGUAUCGAGGCGUUUAGGAAGAUGACGCAGAAGGGCAAGAAGAAGUGA